GGUUGGUUUGAGAUAAGAACAAGCAAAGUCUACAUCUUAUGGAACAAGAGUUGCUGGCUGGCCAUUUUGCAGACCAAAACUCCAAACAUUAUUCCUUCAAUUCAGCAGAAUUAGAUCUUGGUUUCAGCCACAUACCUUUAACCUUCACUCACUUUGCACCUUUCAUCCUUUUUUACAAUUUCCAAAUUCUCACACACAACAUUUUCUCCUUUUUUUAAGUCCUUUUCUCUGUCAUCCUCUUUUGUUUCUAUUAUCCAACAAUGAUAGACACAAAAAUCCCUUGUGCCUCCUUUUCAGAGAAGAGCAAUGAAUCUCCUUUCAUCUUCCAAUUUUCACAUUAUAUCUCUAUCCCUUCAAGCCAAAAUGCUCACACACGCUCUUCCUUUUGUACACUGUAUCUGGAUGCCUUCUGUUUCUGUCUAUUUUCAAAUUCCAACCCUUAAAAUCUCUUUCCCCUUGUUUUACUUUUCACUUUUAAUUUGAAUUCUUUUCCUCACCUUUCUCUUCUCACUCAAAGUCCACCUUGUUUCACACUUCAACCUCGGUGACAACAACAAAUAACACCGUGAUUAUGUGUUCUGAAAUAGUUCCUCCUCGUUUCUCUUUUUCCCAUGAUGUCUCGGGGCUACCAAAGAAACAAGAUGCGUCACGCAAAGACACUACUCCGCUUGUUGGGUCAAAUCAUGAGUUUGAGUUCAGCACUGGGAGAAGCCUUGAGUUUGAAUCAUCUUCUGCUGAUGAACUUUUCUCUAAUGGGGUGAUCCUUCCCCUUCCCGUUCAGAUGCAGCAACCGAAGAGAAACACAACUCGUAAACACACCCUUUAUGGGGAAUCUCCGUACACGAGACUUCCUCCACUUCCAUGUUCUUCUGACAAAACGAAGAAAGAGAGCAUUAGAGAAGUUGUGGAUGUGAAUGGUGGUGGUUGUUGUGAGAAGAAAACUCAGUCAAACUCUUUCUGGGUGUUCAGCAGAAGCAAAAGUCUUAGUUGUGAUAGAAAGAAAAGCUUCAUGUCUUAUUCACCUCCUUUGUCGAGGAGCAAUUCAACUGGUUCAGUGCCGCCACUUUCAAAGAGAGUGAGUUCAACUAAGCAUUCAUCUGCUAAACCACUCUCAUCUUCAAGUUCUUCAACCUUAAAUUUGUAUCCUGUGCAAAGGUCUCGUUCUGGUAAGAGUUAUGGUGGAUCUUACGCCAAUGGUCUUUGGAUUAGUCCUGUUUUGAACCUACCAACUCCUUGCAUUUCUAAAGCAAGCGCUGGUUUUUUUGGGUUGGGUUCCUUUUUACGUGUUGGGAGGGCCAAGAAAAGCAAGAAGUAAUUUUUGUUCAUAUUAUUAGCUGAUGUCAUUAGUUAAGGUAAUUGAUGAAGUUUAUCAUGAUUUGGAGAGGGAAAAAGAAUGUACGAUGAGGAUGCAGUUAAAAGGGUACAGGGUUGGGAGACAGAACAUCUUUCAUACUUUGUGUGUACUGUGUAUAAUGAAUGGAAGGUUUUGUGGGUAGUGCUUGCUUAGAUUAGCACUUGUUUAUUUGUCA